AUGGGUUGCUUGAAGUACAGUCUGCUCAUAUAUCACACAAAAGAAAUACAAUCUUGCCUGAAGCAAGCAUUGCAGGAUUGGAGGGAUACAAUUGAUUGGAAAAAUCGGGAAAUAAUGCUAUCUAAGGCAAAAAUAGGUCGAAGGUUUGCGAUUAUUUCUGCCGUCUUCAUGUACAUCGGCGGACUAUCUUAUCGCACACUCGUACCACUCUCAAAAGGUCGUAUGCUCACCCCAAUGAACACCACGGUGAGAGCGCUGGCAUGUCCAAGCUACUUCGUCAAGUUCGAUGAACAGGCCUCGCCAGCAUAUGAAAUUGUUUUUACCCUGCAGUUCUUCGCUGGACUGAUUACUUAUUCGGUAACAGUCGGCGCAGCCGGAUUGGCUGCAUUCUUCGUUAUGCACAUUUGCGGACAACUAAGCGUUUUAAUCGGUAAGCUCCAGCAUCUUAAUGACAUCCCGGAGCCUGAGGAUCGACUUGUCGCGAUAAUACUGGCUGAUAUCAUCGAGCAUCAGAUAAAAGUGAAAACUUUCUUAAAACAAGUAGAGAAAACUAUGCGAUAUGUAUUAUUAGUGGAAAUAACGGGCUCUACUAUACUUUUAUGUCUUACCAUGUACUAUGUUCUUAUGGAAUGGGAAAGAAGUGAUUCUACAGCUAUGUUAACUAUGUUUGUGAUUCUCACAUCUUUCACGUUUUCUAUUUUUACUAAUUGUUACGUCGGUCAAUUAUUGACAGAUCAGGUAGACAGCACUGAUAUAAUCAAUUAUUUGCUGUAA